AUGGCUAUUCCAGCCUUCUUCAUCAGAUAUGAUGAAGAGCAUAAGGGCUGGAAGUUCACUUCAUAUCAUAACAACCCCCCAAUCUUCUGGUCCAAUGCUGCCACAUUCUUCAAAGACAAAUUGUGGCAGGAUCACACUGACACCAUCCAAGUCCAAGACAUGGGCCCCCUUCACUACAACAAAUCAUCAGACAUAGAGGACCUAGGAUAUGCUGAAGAGGACAUACAUGAUGAACCUCACCCACAACUCAUUGCUCACAUUGACAAAUCAAUCAAAGGACAAGAUAUGGAUCCCAAACAGGACUGUGCAAGUUUAAAUGACACCCUUAGCGACAAAGAAGGUGACAGGAUUGACACUGCCCAGGAAACUUAUCCCUGGCUACACCUGGUCAUGGUUGCCGAAUCCUUCUGA